GUGGCUGAGUCUCGCGCGGACGCCGCCGGCUCGCAGCUUCUGUCAGGAGAGCCGGGCGUGCGAAGGCGGCGGAGGAGGCGGGAAGGCGGCAGUAGUUGAAGGGGCGAUUGCUGACUUGCGGAGAGGAGGGCCGAGAAGUGGGCAGCGAUGGUGAUGGCGGCGAAGAAGGGCCCGGGUCCGGGUGGCGGGGUCGGCGCGGGGAAAGCGGAGGCGGAGGCUGCCUCGGAGGUGUGGUGCCGCCGAGUGCGGGAGCUGGGCGGCUGCAGCCAGGCCGGGAACCGCCACUGCUUCGAGUGCGCCCAGCGCGGGGUCACCUACGUGGACAUCACCGUGGGCAGUUUCGUCUGCACCACCUGCUCCGGCCUCCUGAGAGGCCUGAACCCCCCUCAUCGUGUCAAGUCCAUCUCCAUGACCACUUUCACUGAGCCUGAAGUCCUAUUCCUGCAAUCUCGUGGAAACGAGGUUUGCAGGAAGAUCUGGCUGGGCCUUUUUGAUGCUCGGACAUCUUUAAUACCAGAUUCCAGGGACCCUCAGAAGGUGAAGGAGUUUCUCCAGGAAAAGUAUGAGAAGAAGAGAUGGUACGUCCCUCCAGACCAAGUCAAGGGGCCCACUUAUACCAAAGGCAGUGCCUCCACCCCUGUCCAGGGCUCCGGCCCAGAAGGGAAACCCCCGCGGUCACUUCUGGGUGAUCCUGUGCCAUCUCUCUCAGCUGCUGCUUCCACCUCGAGCCAGUCUGUCAGCCAGUCUCAGGCCCGCACAGCUCAGGCCCGGAGCUCCCAGCUGCCGGCCCACUCUGCUGUGAAGAAAGCCACUACCGACCUGCUGGCUGACAUCGGGGGAGACCCCUUUGCUGCUCCCCAGGCUGCACCAGCCUUUGCUCCAUUCCCAGCCUUUGGAGGCCACACGCCUUCUCCUGGGGGCUUUGCCAACUUUGAUGCCUUUGGCAGUAGCCCCGGUGCCGCUGUGUUUGGAAGUGUCCCUCCCGCUGGCCAGGCCCCAUUCCCGGCCCAGCCCACACCGGCAGCCAGUCGGAUGCUAACUGGAAGUUUCAGCUUUGGGAGCAGCCAGGUGACUCCAUUUGGGACCACUCCUCUUGCACCUGCCAGUCAGCCAAAUAGCCUCGCCGAGGUGGGCAGCCUCCUGGGCCCUGGUGCAUCAGCCGGAGGUGUCCCUGGCAGCAUCUUCGGGAUGACUGGCCAGGUCCCCACGGCCAGUGGUGGCAGCAGCCCAGGGCUGGCCUUUGGAGGCCUCACCAACCCAUUCGCCGCCCCUGCCGCCCAGCCCCGGCUGCCUUCCACCAACCCGUUCCAGUCCAAUGGCCUGGCCCCAGGGCCCGGCUUUGGGAUGAGCAGUGUGGGGCCUGGCUUCCCGCAGACUGUGCCACCUGCAGGGACCUUUGCCAGCCCCUUCCCAGCCCCGCUGUUCCCCCCACAGAGCUCGCUGGCCCAGCAGGAGAAUGGCACUUCCUUUGGGGACUUGGGAUCAGCCAAGCUGGGGCAGAGGCCCCUGAGCCAGCCAGCUGGGAUCUCCACCAAUCCCUUCAUGACUGGAUCCUCACCAAGCCCAUUUGCCACCAAACCUCCAACCACCAACCCAUUCUUGUAGCACUGUGUCCUUGGCGGGGGCCUCUUCCCGCUUUCCAGGCCCCCCCUGCUCCCUAGAGCUCUCACGGCCACUUGCCUGUGGGCCUAUCUGUGGCUCUGAGACCAACAGGGGCCUGGUUUUGCAGGGGUCUCGGGAUGGUGGAGGUACUAGUGCUUCACUUGGGACUUACAGCCUCCCCCAGGCAGGGGGUCCAGGAAGAGUGCGGCAGAGCCAGCCUGGAAGGGCGACGGCGGUAUACCUUUUUUCACAUGAUUAAUUACGACGACAACCUUUCUCUCCCGCGUGGCCUGUGGGUAGAAGUUACGGGCACAGCCUGACCAGCCUUCCCCCAUGCCCACCUUUCCAGCACUGUGCAGUAGGGUAAGGAAGAGGCAUGGUGCUGACAUGGGACGGUGACCAGGCAGCCCCGGGGGCCAGGAAGACCCGGGCAGCUGAGCGCCCCUGGUGCCUGGCUCAGCCAGCACCUGCUUUGCCCUGCCUCCAUUGUUUUACUUCCCCAGCACCCCCAUCCUGGCACUCAGGAUAAGUGGUUUCACCUGCUACUUACACAGCUCAGCUCCUGACAAGCACUUUAGUUAGCCACUGGUGUCAGGUUUGGAUACCAGUGUUUUAUAUUUAUACAUAGAGAGAAUUUUCUAAUAUAGCCUAUUAUAUAGAGAGAUAUAUACGCAUUCAUCUACAUGCACACACCCACAUACACACAGACCCCAGGCGUUCUCUCCCGGACAGCUCUUUACAUGGGGGGGGUCUUGCCUCCACCACGCAAGCUGGAGCUCAGGUUGGGGGAGGGAAGGCAGCUGCGUGUCCCAGCCACCCCCCAGCCUGGGCUUCUCCAGGGAGAGGCUCUGUGCCGUCGGCCGGGGUUGUGCUUUUCGUUUUUCCAUGUGCCUCUGCUGCUCUGAUUCUCGGCACCAAAGCUCGUGGCAGGCAAUGUUGGAAAAGAACUGCGUUUGAAAGAAAAAAAUGGCUCUUAUGGUCUUGCUUUAGGCCAGCUGGAGGGGCCACAGGUCAGUCACCACGACUGACCCUUGCCUUGGCUCCACUGGUCUGGACUGCCUGGGCUGUUGGCCAAGGACAGGACAGAGCCAGUUCCUGUCCCGACCGGUCCUGGGUUAGCAGUGGGAAGGAGCUGCUGGGCGGGGCUACCCCUGCAGACGUGCGAGUUCCCCGGAUGCAGUGAUGGGGGUGAGUCCCACCAGGCUGGGGGGUGGGCAAAGGACACAGGUGCCAAAGUGGUCAAGGCAGUAGAGCUGGGAUGUUAUGACAACAGCUGUAAAGUCUGGGCUAUUUGUGUGGUGACAAGACUGCUGCAUGGGGUAAACACGUCCCCUGCCUCCGGAGAGGCCUCCCUUGCCGCCACUGCCCCCAGAACUCGGGGCCCUUGAGCUCUUGGCUCUGACAUUUCUCUGGGUUUUCCACAGAAAGCAAGGAGACGUUGCAAGAAGUUUAUUUACUUGCAGAGUUUUCUGGAAACACCUCUAGCUGCUGCCACUUGUCCAGCCAGGCUUGGCCUGCCCCUUUUCCAGGAACCGGCCGCCCUCUGGCCUGGGUCUGUGCACCUGCCUUCCCAGCCUUCACCCUCCUGGUGGGGCCUCCCGGGUGGGCCCCCAUCCUUUGUUCCCUCUCUCACAGUCAUUCUCCCCAAGUCUGCUUCCCCUUUCUGCUCACUGCCAGCAAGGGGAGGGAAGCUGGAGUCCAGCUGGAGGAGGAGGAGUCUUCUUAUCUCCCCAGCCUCCCUCACCCUUUUCCAGGCCGUGGGACUGAGAUGUAAAGGCCUGGAUGGGUGCUGAAGGGCCUUUUUGUGUGUCUCAGGCACACCCGUGCUGUCUCCCAUGGCUUCUCUGCCCAGUCCCUCUGUCCCAUGUGGAUUCUAGCCAGCUCCCUGGGCAGAGGAGUUAGACCGGGUCAGCAUCAGACACCAGGGCCGAGAAAUCAGGAGUCCCCUGGGCAUGGGCUGCAGCUGCUGUGCCUGGCGCGGAGCAGCCUGGUGCCUUGGACCUCAAACCUCCUCUCCAGACGAGAGGGAAAGAGUGGAAAAACCCCUGGCUUUACAGAUGACGAGGCUGUGUCUUGCUCCUGCACGGCCCUGCCUGGUCCUGCCGACCUGACUGGCAGGCUGGAGUGACUCACCCAGCUCACCCCAGCAGGUGCCCUGGCCAACACUGUCGCCAUGCUCCGCUGACAGUGGUCCUCUGGCUUAGCCUCAGCCCUCAGCGGGUCACCUGCAGGUGUGAGGAAGCAGGAGCGAGCUCCUAGGACCCUGUGCACACUGGAGCCUGCCAAGUCAAACCUCAGGGCUAUGGGGCUGCAGGCAGGGACUAAAGGUGGAAGACCCAGAACACAGUGGGAACAGCCUGUCCUCUCUCUGUGAAUUCCUCUCCCUGCUAAUAAGAAUCUCCUACAGGGACUUAGACUACUCUGCCCUGCCAGCCCCUGGCAGAGAUGCAGAGCCAGACCCUCCAGUUGGGAGAGGCACUUGGGCAGAGCUAAGGUUCUGCCGCUCCCUGUCCUAAAAUAACUUCUCUGGGUAGGGCCAGGACCGUGGAGUUGCUAAGGCAACUGAUGUAGGCCAGCUGUUUGACUGCAGGCUUUUCCUGGUCCCCAGCAGGCCAAAUCACCUGGCAUGGACUACCACCCCUCCCUGCCACUGUUCUUGCCCAGAUCCCAGGCACUCUGAGCCCUGAUGCCUCUGGCUGUAUCUUUUAGCCAGCACCCGGGGUUCUCUGACACCAGGGGGUUUGGAGCUGGUCUCUGUAAUAGCUGUGAUCUCACGAGGGCUGGGUGCUUGCAAGGAGACCUGGCUGACAAGGAGCAGGAGGGAGAAAGCAUGGAGACCCUUCAAGCCUGGGGGAGAAAGGCUGUCAGGCCAGGGCCGUAGCAGGGACAUGGGCCCUGUGGCAGUCGCAAGACCGGGAAGGGGAGGAGCAUGCAGGCAUCUCAAAGCCCCUGGCUACAUCUGGGGCCAUAGCCUUGAACACAGUCAUGUUUUGGUGGUGGUUUAGGGGUCCACCCCAUUCCCACCUCUCCCUGGGUAGCUGUCACUGUCCCCACUGCCCCACCUGAGCAGUGUGUGUCUCUCCUGCACCUGGGUGGGGCUUUGGGCUGACCAGGAUGCCCCUGGAGCCUGUCUGGUGGCCACACACACACCCUUGGGAUGCCCUGCCUCCCACUCAACACAACCUUUGCAAAGGUGUGUGUUUUUGUUGUGAUUUUUAAAAAGAUUUAUUUAUUUGAAAGAGUUACAGAGAGAGGUAGAGACAGAGAGCUGGUUCACUUCCCAAAUGGCCGCAACGGCCAGAGCUGAGCCAAUCCGAAGCUGGGUGCCAGGAGCUUCUACCGGGUCUCCCACGUGGGUGCAGGGGCCCGAGGACUUGGGCCAUCCUCUACUGCUUUUCCAGGCACAUUAGCAAGGAGCUGGAUCGGAAGUGGAGCAGCCAGGACUUGAACCGGUGCCCCUAUGGGAAGCUGGCAUUGCAGGCCAGG